CCCAGCAUCGCCGCCCAUCGCCACUUCCCAUUGCAGCUUCGAUUCACCCCAUCUCCGAUCCCCGGUGCGCACACGCCCAGCAAAAUGAGCUCCUCCCGCAAGGGACAGGCGAUCCGCCAGCUGUCGCGAGACGCGACGCAAUCCACCGUGUCGUCGGCGUCGCUGUCCUUCAGUGACAUUGAGAACGACGCUUUGAUGUCGACUCGCCCCUUCGAUGACGAGAUCCUCGGCGACUUGCCCAGCCAACGUGAUGAGACACGCGAUAAUACCAUCCGGAGUGACACGCGCGAUUCACUCCCAAACCAUCCUCACAUCCGAUCCACCGCCAAAAAGUUGGGCGCCUGGCAACCAUACAACCCGGCUGCCGAAUCCCGAGUGACUAGCUCAGUAGUCCGCAACGAGUUCAAGGACUUCGACCAGGACAGUGAAUUCGACCGCGCCACCCAGGACAGCAAUUUCACCGACGACAGCAUCUCCAUUGAGCGAAACCGAGGAGUCAAGCGUGGCUCCCGUAACACCCCCCAACACCUCAACUCCUCCUUCAUCAUGUCACCUGUGCCACUCCGUGACAGCCUCUACGAUAUCACUCCUCCAGCAAACCGUGCCUCGGGGAACACUCCCCAGCAAUCCCCUCUGGCUGAGCCCAGCAGUCUACGACGCGACGGCCAGAUGAGACGCGCCUCUGGAUCACCAGCGGCCUCUGCUCCGCCAGCUGCAGCUGGUCUCGCCAAAGGGCUCCGCAAGACGACUCUCUCACAGAUGCACGCCAUGGUCACAGACGACGAGUCUGCGAUUGACGACCAGCGACCCACCGUUACGCUAACCAAGACUGCGCGAUUUGGUAGCGCGCCCAGCCGCAGAGAGCCUGCACAAGAGCAAAACAGCCAUCCUCGCAAGUCUCAGCAAGCAUUCAACAAUACUCCACGAAGUGUUCACUCUACUGCUCAGUCUUUCAUCCUCCCAGAUCUUCCCAACCUUACCGAGCUGGUCUCUGGCGUCUUCCAAGACGGCACUCCGGUCUUCAAUCACACCUCGCGUCCUCGCUCCCAUUUCUUCCGACUUCCAACUUCACCCACUCACCCACGCCACAACCCAAUCGACAGCGUCCCAAUUCCUUCCGAGGAAAAGGCAAUUUUCGCGUCUCUGCAGCUUCUCCAGGAAAAGGUAGCUCAGCUGGAACGCGAAAAAGACGAGGCGGAAAAGCGGAUUGAAGAACAGGAUAACGAGAUCGUCGAGCUCCGCGCCACGCAAGAUGCCCAGGAGAGGAACAGGCGACCAGACAGUGGCUUGGGAUCAACAGAUGGCGAGGUAGCUGGCGAUAGGCGUGGCUGGAGAGUCGAGAAGACCAAACUCGAAUCCUCCCUAAAUGCCCUCCGGGUCAAGAUCGACCAUGCCGAGCGUAAGGCUUCCGUGGCAGAAAUCAGCACAAAGCGAGCUACUUCGGAGCGAGAUAACCUGGUCACCCAGCUCGGAGUUGCCUAUCUUAACAUGGAGGAGGUGAAGGCAGAAAAAGAGACUCUCUUGGUUGAGAACGAGGACCUUCGCAAUGAGGUGGAUGAGCUACGUGCAGAAAAUGCGGCGUUGCGAAGCCGCUUGGGUGAGGUCGACGAGGUCCAUACGCAGAAUGAGCAUCUGCGACAGCAGCUUGCCAAUGAGACGGCGAGGCGCGAACACGAGCGACAGGCAAAGCGAGACAUAGAACGACAGGCCAAGCGCGAACAAGAGCGCCAGGCGCGACGCGAAGAGAAGCUUGAGGCACAGCGCCAGGCCAAGCUCGAAGAAGAGCGACAGGCUCGGCAGGAAGAAGAGCAACAGGCUCAGCAGGAACUAGAGCGACAAGCUCAGGAAGAGCAGCGACACAUUCAGGAAGAAGAGCGACGAGCCAGACGCGAAGAGGAACGACAGGCCAGGCGCGAAGAGCGACAGUCCAGGGAGAGACGCGAGAAGAACACUCAAACUCGCAUCGCUGAUAGGGUUCAAGAGGAACUCCGCAACAGCAAACUCACGGCUGCAGCUCAGUCCUCUGUCCAGCAGCCCCAGCCUCGUUUCAGUCGCUAUGCCAGCGCUCAAUUCUCUUCUGAUUCUCAGCGAGUCCCAAUGCCAGCCGCUCCCAUCAGGAGUGUUUCGAAUCCCGAUCCUACCGGUUCGAGGCGUGGCCUGUACCAGAGCCAAAAGCCUGAAUCCACUACCGAUCUUUCUCUUACCAACAUGCAGACACCUGGUAUGAUGUCUGGUGGCAGGAACGGCAUGCAGGAAGCCGUCGAAGCCAAGCCGGUAGAGGCUCCGUCUUUCGAUCUUACCGAGCUCAGCUUCAUCAAUCCCGAUGACAUUGCCCAGCUCAGGAAGAAGCUGGAACAAGAAAGAGCGGCUGCCCGAAAAAUGCGAGCAUCGGCUCAGACGGCACCGGCCCCGACCACUCGGGAUGAGACUGUUCGCUCAAUGGCAUCGGCCAAGUCGGCUCGACCCCAAUCUUUCCAUGGCCUGUCCACGAAGGAUGUUACCGCUCAGAGCAACUUCACAGCUCAAACCGAGCACACUACCGAGCAUACUGGCAACUUCACUUCCCACUCGAACCGCAGCGCCAAAACUCAAGCUCAGCAGCCAGAUGAGUCUAUUCUGAGCAACUCGAGCCGUCGUCGUCGUAGCGCCCCGGUUGAGGAGACUUCCGCCUUCAUUGUUCCAGACAUCACCAUGGGAGGUCGAAAGCAGCCUACUAUCACCUUAGGCAAGAUCAGGCUUCCAUCGCAUGACAACAAGAACUGCACUGUCUGUGCCCGCGAGUCUCAACAGGCCGGAGACUCUGUCGCCAUCCCGUAUCCCAUUCCUGUCUCUUCUCGCACCGAAGAUGAUGUCGACGCCACUAUGCGACCGAGCCAAUCUCCCAAGAACGCUCUCGCCAAAGUCAUCAAGGAACUCCAGGACGAACUCUCUCACCUCCACCUGGAGCUCGCAGCCCACGAGGCUCUACUCCGCGCACACGACACUUCCCUCGGCCGCCGCAAGCGCAAGGCCAUCCAGGAGGCGAUGGAAGACUUGCUCCGCAUGAUCGACAUCAAGAGCGACCAGAUCUACGACCUCUACGACGUCGUCGAAGGCCAGAAGGCGGACGACAUGACCGAGCAGGAGAUGGAGGACACGCUCCGCAGCAUCACCGAGGCUGCCAAGAGCAAGGCGGCGACGAAGAAGGUGGUGGUCGAGAGCCACCACAGCGACAGCGAAAGCGACGACGAGAGCCUGCCCCGCAUCGACGACGAGGACGAAGAUUUGCCAUUCGAGGGCUUCUCGGACACGGAGAGCCUCCCUAUCUUUGGAAAGGCUGGACGCCUCGGCGUCUUCUGAUUCACGAAAAGUUUUUGCACGAAUUCGGGCGUAAAUGGUCACGAGUUAUGGGCCGCGCGGCGUGAGGCGGAUGACACGAUACGGGCGGCGUUUCUGGCUCUUCUUUUUCUGGGCGGGCUUUGGGUACGAUACCGGGGAUGAUGCAUUGACAUCAGGCGUUUUUUGUGCAUUUUCUGGGGCGAAGGGGGGUACCCUUUGGGUGGUCACUUGUGAGUGGCUUUUGGCUGGUUUGGGGUCUUUUUCUUCUUGGGAUUCCUUUCUACGUGACCUCUUGGGCUUGAACCUUUGACUUCCCCUUUGCGGGGUUGAAGUUGGGUUCGCCGUCAAGGCGCGGGAAUUGGAUAGUUUGUAGAGCGGGUUUUUUCAUAUGGGGUAGCGGGGGAGGGGCGCUCCCAUUAGUUUAGAGUAAUGAGAAUCGCGGUUCGAUAAUUGUUGC